CCGGCUCCAACUGCCAGAGAAUCUUCUUUCCUGCAGGAAUAAAGACACAGGCAUCUUUCUGAUGGUCAACUCCAACCCAUGUUUUUCAGGAUUUCCUACCAAAGAAGCUGAUAGCCAGGGGAAAGAACGGGUAUUUUGGAAGAAAGGUGUUAUUCCUAUCCUUCUCUAAACAGAACUACGCUUGUGAUUCUACUACUGCCUUAAUAAUGAACUCAAGGAUACAUUUCCAAGAAGAAGGCAUUCCACACAGUGAAGUCUCGGUCUUAUUGUUCCGGUAUAAGUUUUUCAGCAGGAUCUUUUGUUGCGUGGGCUUGGUCUGUUUGUUUACCGCGUUACUCUCUCCAUUCUGGCUUACAAUCAUCCAGCCUGACUUUCCCAUCAACGUGGGCCUCUGGAACAUUUGCAAGAACCACACCUGCAGGAAACUUGCUGGGAAUACAAAAAUCCUUCUGUUGACCAGAAGUGUUAUGUCACUCAGCACAAUCUCUGGAUUAAUAGCAGUUGCUUGCGUGCUCUUUACCAAGUCCAGCUUAAAGCAUUCCAAGUGGCCUCUCAUCACCAACCUCUUUACAGGAGUCAUAACACUAAUCAUGAUGGUGUUGUAUGGCUUGUCCCUUAAAUCCAAUGGAUUUCUCGGUCAUCCUGCUCCGGUCACUACCAAUCCAAUUUAUAUCUCCUGGUCCUUUGUCAUGGGUUGUUUUGCUAGCUUCCUUUUCCUACUGAAUGGUCUCCUUUUCAUCCUGAUAGAAUUUGAAGAAGUCUCCAUUAACCAUGUUUAUGCCCCAAAAAGGAAGGAUCCAGAUGAGACCACAUAAGAUUCCCCGAUAUACGGACACACAGCACUGAGUUUUAAGUUCCCGAGUUAUAACUUUCUUAUUUGCAAUCUAAAAUGGAAGCUGAGGAGUCAGCACAAAGAAGGGGAGAUAUAGAUAAGAAGGACAGCUGCUAAUGGCAAAGGAAAUACAUUCUGUAGACAUACAGAACAUGUACUUUUCCCUUCUUUUUACAACCCUUUCAUCCCUUUAAUUGGGGGUGAAGUUGAAGUGAUUGAGUGGAGCUGAGUGUUUAUUGGCUGGAUGCCCUUCCUGACACCUAUUCCGAGUUUGCAGCAAAUAUUUUCUACUUGCACUCUGAUAGAGAAACAUCUGCGGCUGCUUAGGAUUGAACUCUCAACCUUCCAAGUGGGAGCUGAGUAUCUUCACCUCUAGGCCAGCAUGCCACUCAUACAGAACAUGUACUUUAUGGAAAAGAAAAAGGGAAGGGUAGAUUCAUUAAUAUUAAAGAUCCCGAAGAAGUGGUAGGUUUCUGUACGUCUUGAGAAUCAUGGAUCCUCUAAAAUUGUCUUCCUUUGAGGAUCAAGUUAAACCUUGGGAAACUGAUAACACAAGACUUUUAAGAGUUGCAGUACCACAUAAGAACACAAAGGAUUGCAGUGGUUGAUAUAAAGUGGUUCUGCUCAGCCCCCAAGAAUACAGUCACAUGAAGAUCCAGAGCCCAUAAACUGCAAAGACUUGACCACCCUACAUCAAUAAAAUAAAUUCAAAAGGAGCUUGAAAAAG